GGAGCGGAGAGGAGUAGAGAGAGCCGGGCGCGCCAUGCCUGUCCUGUCACUGCAUGGACUGGCUUGACUUGUUACAAUGUAUUGCUGUCACAGAAGAGAGUAAGUAGUCAUUAAAAAAACAAAACAAGGGGAAUUUAAACCGGAAACACGCAGCGACAGAAGAAAUUAGACGCAGGAUGGGCGAACGGGUGAAAAGUCCGUUUCACGUUAAAACCACUGGAUCCAAUUGGCUGCUGCCUGUCAGCGACUACUUGGGGUUUCCUCUUGAUCAGGUGAAUUUUUUGGCGUGCCAGCUGUUUGCCCUGGCGGCUGCCUUCUGGUUUCGCCUCUACCUCAGUCCUAGCCAUGCCAAUCCCCUGGUCAGGCACGCUGUGGCCACCCUCCUGGGCGUCGUCUUUCUCAUCUUCUGCUUUGGAUGGUACUCGGCUCACAUCCUGGCAGUGGUGCUCGCAAGCUACUUGAUCAUCAUCAACGCCGAUAUCAACAAUGUACACAGGUAUUCCAUGGUGACGGCUAUGGGCUACUUGACAGCGUGCCAAGUGAGCAGAGUCUUCAUCUAUAACUAUGGAGUUCUGUCCACUGACUUCUCUGGGCCUCUGAUGAUAGUAACCCAGAAGAUAACAACACUGGCUUUCCAGCUCCAUGACGGUAUGUGUAAGAAAUCCGAACAACUGACCUCUGAGCAGAAGCCUCUGGCUAUUAAUGUGAGGCCUUCUCUCAUCGAGUACCUGAGUUACAAUCUAAACUUCCUGAGUGUCUUCGUGGGACCAUGCAGUAACUAUAAAGAAUACAUAGACUUCAUAGAGGGCAGACACAUCCGCGGGAGGCUGAGGCAGCACUUUGGGACGUGCAAUGGACAGAACGGCUAUGAUAAGACCCCGGACCCAUCACCUCUGAGCGCCGUCUGUCGAAAGUUACUGAUCUGCAGCGGAUGCAUGCUGUUCUUCCUCACUGUGACUCGGUCUUUGCCGAUAACGCUCAACGUGGACCCCCAUUUUGUCAGCCAAGCCCCGUUCCUCACAAGGCUCACCUACGCCUUCUUCUCUAUACAAGCUGCAAGGCCCAAAUUCUACUUCGCCUGGACACUAGCUGAUGCAGUCAACAACGCUGCAGGUUAUGGUUUCUUGGGGUUGGAUGAAAAUGGAAAGCCAUCUUGGGACCUCAUCUGUAACCUCAACAUUUUAGGGAUUGAGACCGCGACCAGCUUCAAGGCGUUUAUAGACAACUGGAACAUUCGAACAGGCAUUUGGCUCAAAACGGUGUGUUAUGACCGAGCCCCUAAGCACAGGUUGGCGUUGACCUUCUUCCUGUCUGCCCUGUGGCACGGUGUUUAUCCGGGCUACUAUUUCACCUUCAUCACUGCCAUCCCCAUCACCAUGGCGGCGCGAGCUGUACGGAAGUCUGUUCGCCACUACUUUCUGGGCUUCAGAGGCUUGAAGCUGGGUUACGACAUCUUAACUUGGGCAGCUACUCAGCUGGCCAUCUGCUACACUGUUAUGCCUUUUCUUCUUCUUGCAGUAGAGCCCACUUUGGUUUAUUACAGGUCCAUGUACUUCCAUGUUCACAUAAUCAGCAUUCUGGCUGCGAUCGCCCUGCAUUGGAAACACAAACCCAGUGAACCCUCUGCCACCACCAAAAGGUUUUCUUCCUCCUCCUCCUCCUCCUCCUCCUCCUCCUCCUCCUCCUCCUCGUCACCGUGCUCAACACAGGGCCAGCCUGUUCACUCCAACAACAAUGGCAAAGUAGAUUGACAAAUCCCCUCUUCACACUCUUUUACCAGGCUCUCAGUCGAGGGUGUUCUCUCAAAGACAAGUGAAUAUCCAUAAAGAGCAAUCCGCCAAUUUGAAACGAGAAAACAUUAUUUAUUUUUUUGGGGGGGGGGACAAUACAGAUACAUAUCCUAUGGCUCCGGAAUGUACAUGGGGAUAGUGAAAGAUUAACGAUGACCAGAACCUGAUUCUGAUUCUAAGACAACACAGCAAACAAAAGCACAGCAGGCAAACUGGCAAAGACGAACAUUAGCUGAGGGAACAUCUGCGGUACCACCACCAGGACGCUGGCCUCCACCUGCCCCCACUCUCGUCCACUCUCCUCCCUCGAGGCCCAUCGCAACACCAGCCUGCCUGCUCCGGCAACAAUGCAACAGUGUGGAGACAGAAAGGAGGCUCACUUUAUGUCUCGUCCUCUAUCUGCGCCGUCCUGCCAAUUGGUGGGAUCCGAGCCAGCACAGUGGGAGAGCAGCUCAUGAACAGGCCACAAAUGCCAGGACACUGGGAACACAAAUAUGCUCCAUACUCUCUCCUCGGCAGGCUCGUACUUGGUCACUGUCUACAUACAAUGGCUGCUCUUGUGUGGCCACAACAAAAGAGCAUACCAAGAGGAGAGAGAGAGAGCCCUGGUUUGUAUGUGUGUGUGUAAUCGUUUUACUUAUAUGUCCCACUAACCUCUGCCACUGACCCUGUGUGAGUGUGUGUGUGUGUGUGUGUGUGUGUGUGUGUGUGUGGACCCUGGCUUAAACAAACGGUGGACUGCGUUGGUGCUUCUCCCACUGUUAGCGUGCACUGACUGAGUGGAACGACACUUGAAAUACCAAUUAGAGCAUGCAGCUCUCAAACCGUCCAGUGAAAGUGACCCAUGGAGUCUUUUAAGGCAGGCUGGCAGCUCCUCCAGGUGAGGAGACCUGACCACUGAAGAACAAGUGGACACGUCAUAGUUGCUCAGGAUCAUCCAUCCUGGGCUUUAGGGAUACCAUUUUGAAUAUGAAAGGAAAAGCUAGCAAACGUUUAAAGAAAUCAACGGUGUGCUGUUACAACAGCAAGCUUGUGCGUGAGUUGUUUUUGCAUUGCACGAUUGUAACGAGUGAUAAAAAAAAAGCAUAUAUGAGCAUAUGUUCAAUGAUUUAAUGAGCGUCGUCAGUCCACUUUCCCUCUGAGAUCUCUUUUGAAUUUCACAGCGACAUAGUUCUUAAUGUGUUAGUACUUUAGCAUGUGAAUGGGGCUGGUUACCUGUUAUGAUGGAGAGUAUCUGAACAAAAAGCUGUGGUGGAACUGAGAGGAAAUAUACUUUUUUUGGGGGGGGGAAGAAUUGCAACCUCAAAGAAUGGAAAAUGUGGGCAAAAAUAGGCAUUUAAAAAUCAAAUGUAUUUCUUCUCUGUUCUUCGCUGUUUCCGUUGUGCGGUUCUGUGUUAGAAAGACAUUUGAAGACUCCAGAUUUACCAGAGCUGCAGAGACAUCUGCUGGUUGUUUGUUCCGUACUGACUUCGUGGACUGAUGCCAUGCUGCAGCAUCUCCCAAUGCGAACUUCAUACAACUCUGAAAGCAUUUCUUCCCCCACUGAUAUUACAAUUUCGUAACACCAUUCACAAUAUCUUCCCUGCCUUAUCUUUUACUUUAGCACAAUCACGGUUGAUGAAUCAGAAGGUGACGCUUAUGAUUAGAUGAUGGUGAACAAUAAGGUACAUUCAACUUUUUUUAAAUUCUUGCUUUUCUUUUGUUAUCAAGACGUUAUGAGAGAUUUGGGAGCAUUGGUAGUUUUAAAAGUGGCACAAUGGUUUGAUAUUAAUGGUUCUAGCUGUUGUAAGCCAUGUUAGUUUUUUAGCUAUAUUUAUGGGUUUGUUUAAAAUAAGUUGUGCUAACGAUGCUAACAAUUUGCGAUGCAAGAAUAUUAUUUUGAAAGGAAAAACAAAGACAUUUCAGCACGCUCAUUUGUUGAAUUAUGUUGGAGACACAAUCUUUAUUCGCUAACCUUUGACUGCAGGACAAAUUUGUCUUUUGGAUUUGCCUGUUUUGGCUCAGUUUACAUAUUGACCCAACCCUCUGGUUUUGAAUAUAAAAAGCCUCAGAGUAGAGCAUGAUUAUGAAAGAAAACAAAUAUCAAAGACCAGACAUUGUUACCAGGACAGAGUUUACUUUUGGUCAUAUAGAAAUCACACUUCUUUCUCAUAGCUCAAUCACACUUAAAUUUCAAGAAGGACCCACGUGUUGACAUGAGGGAAGGGGUAUGCAUUAAAUUAACAUUCAUUAUUAAAUAAAUACCAGAUUGUUUAAGAUUUUAAAGGAAAUAAGAAGGGGAGAACUUCCAAAUUCUACUAUUGUUAACUCGCUAAUUAGAACAAAUCCCCAUCACAGCCACUGUGAAAGCUGAGUCGUCUAAAAGCUCUUCCCAAGUAUCGUUUUGCUAUAAUAAAAUGUUUUUGUGUGUAAAAAAAAGCCUUUAUUAACUGAAAUGGAAAAAACUGUAACCCGUAAAUGUUUUUUGUUAUCAUUAAAAUGUUCGCUCCACUGUAUAGUUUGCAUGUUUGUAAUGUGUCUUUAGUGCAGGGAAAUGAGCGACGAUGGCACAUAUAAUGGCUGUGUUGUCAACAUGAGCAGCUACUUGAAUGACUUAAUACUGAUUAUAAGUGUUUUGUAUGUUGUUUUUUUUGCAUAUGUAUUCAUGAUAAAAUAUAAUGACUGUGA